AUGAGUGGUACAUUUAAGCCAAUACUUCCUACAGCCACUCCAAAAAGUUCUUCUCAUUCAACAACUUUUUCUAGCCAACAACACAAUCCAUUACCAAUUACUAUCACUUCACCAUCAGACAACACUUUUACUACCUCUCCCACCUUUUCUAAUGCUGUUGUUUCUUCUUCUCUUGAUGAUUCUUUUUCUUAUGGAACUGUUACUUUUCCAAAUAAUUCUUCUUAUGAAACUAACUCUCAUACUACCAAUUCACAAGCAGAUCAUAUUAAAACUGUCGAGACUCCCUAUUAUGAAAUGAGAGACAAGGCCAUGAUGAAAUACGAUGAGGAUAUGAGCUUCUACAACUCGUCGGAUCAAUUGUUGCUUGGAAAAUCAGCAAUUGAUGAUGACAAUGAUUUAUUUGAAGAACUUGGGCUUGCAAAUAUAAUUGAUGAUGAUGAUAAAAUUUUAUGCUAUGGGCAAGGGAAUUGGAAACGAAUUGAUAAUUAA